UUCAAGUCCAAGCAAAUGAACUCUGAAGAGAGUUAUUUAUCUUGGUAGGCCCCUGGGCUUCUGCCCAGGUAAACCCGUGGAUCAAUUAAUAGUUUGCUCUGCCGGCCGAUUUUCCAUGUGCUUCUGCUGGUUACACCGUGGUGGAUGCCUGCCGUGUUGCUGCUUGGAGUAUUUUACACAAACGUAAAAUGCUGGUCCAGGUUCGAUACUGCCAACAGCAGAAGUAUGUGAAGUUGGAAGAGGUUGAUGGGCGGUUUGAGUUUAUGCAGUUUCAUGAAAAAGUCAUCGAGAGAUUUUGCCUGCCACCUGAUGCAAAAGUAGUGUACAAAGAUGGAACAGGGACAGAAGUUGAUGAAGUGAUUUUCAGUGACCUUAUCAGCCAAGGCACUGUGGUCCUAACAGUUUUCCCAAGUGACGAAUUUUCUGAUUGCUCCUUGUCUUCUGCAUCUGAUUGUUCUGACUCAAGCUUCAGCUCAAAUGCAAGUACAUCAACUAUACUUCUAGAUGAGGGUCCCAGGAAGAAAACAAGAGUUGAGGGUACUGUUGAUGCAGCAUCUGCUAAAAAGUUAAUUGAAGGUGUACUUGGAACCAAUUCAGGUGGUGAAGAGGUUCUCCAGGAAUAUCACACAACACAAACUCUAACAGAUGCUACCAGAAGAAAAAUGGUCAAUAUAAUAGUGGCUCACAUGAUUGAUUGCCAUGGGCACCUCCCCACCAAAGCUGUUAGAGAACAGUACGCGCUAGGGGUAGUGACAUUGUUCCCAUCCCUGAAAGACCCAUACUCCAAGAAAGGCUAUGAACACUUCUAUGAUGCUGCAAGCAGCACUGGAUACAUUUCUUGGCGUUUGAAAACGAUACAGAGAAAGACUAGAAGAGGAUCUGCACCACCAAGUAGCUCCACUGGCUUUGCUCAAGAAGGAGGGGGCCCAAAUUCCCAAAGGCCCAUUAAUGUCGACAUGCAGCUUGAUGGAGAUGCUUGCCAGGAGGCCAUCUCUUUGCUGAACCAUACAUCUGACACUUCCUUGAUUUUCCAGAAGAUGAGAGAGACCUUUCAGCAUCGUCAGAAGCUCAUCAAUGAUCCUGACAAAAGUCUUGAUAUCCUGUCUAUCUUCCCAAGAUUUUUGGAUACAAAAGGAUUGGUGAAUCAAGACUUCACUCUCCUGUUUGAUGAUGAGAUAUCUACCAGGCUGCUUCAGAAAUGGGAUCCAAUCUUUAGGUAUCAAAUCAUCAAAGAGGCCAAGCAGCUCACCUCAACAGUAGAGUUGCGUCAAUUGGUGCAGUCAGCAGAGAGUCCACCAGGAAGUGAUCUUGAUGAGGCAGCAACCUUUGACCAAGACAUGGCCUCCCUGUUGUUACUGUUACAUCUCCUUCCGCCACCUCCAGGAGGACCAAAGUAUCAAAAAAUCAGCGCCUCUGAUGCUGUUGAGAGACUUGUAGUCUUUCAUAAGUCUUGCUGCAGUUUGGAAGAGCAUCUCCAGAAUCAGCAGAGUCAGCAGCCAUACCUCCUGGCUGUUGGGCGCCAGAAGAGGAAGGUCGACAGCUUCUAUGUUGCCAUAGACAAGCGUCUCAUCCCCUGCCAGGCCAGCCGCUCCCUUGGGGCAUUUGAUGAGCUUUUUAAAGCUCAUUUUGUGUUCAAUGUGUCUUAUGAUGCUGCACUUGUGAAUUUCUACACAUUUCUGCAGACAACAGUAUACAAUAUUGAUAUGGGGAAAAUGAAGGAGUCCCCAAGAGUUCGUGACCUGAGAGCCAAAAUCCUUAACCAGGAAAUUCUUCUCACAACCUAAGUAAAAAUCAUUAAAAUGCUGACAUGUUUUUUGUGUAAGAGAGCUUAUCCCAGCAGUCAGCAGCUGAUUUCACAUUUAAGAGGUGAACAUGGUUAUUAUCCUGGACCUAAGUUUAAGUUAUUUUGUUGGCAGCCAGGCUGCAGGCUUCAGUUCCAAACUUAUGCAGGCUUUAGGAAGCACCUCAGUAGUUUUCACAGCAAUGUUGACCAAAAUGAUCGAACUUCAGCCAUUGCUUGUUUUUCUAAUGACACAGUUUCACCUGCUUUGGAGGACCAGUUUAAUUCCUCAAAUCUUCCUCACAGUUCUCCCAGUGUUCUUCCAGAGUCUAGUUCUUCCAGUGUUCCAGUGAGCAUUGAUUCAGUACUUACAAGGGAUUCAUCCAAAGAAAUGUGUGCAUCCAUUGUGGCCAAACUGCAGGGUAGUGGCCUUUCUAACAGUUUAGUAUCCUCACUUGUAGGCGAUUUGGAGGAAUUAACAAGUGAGCUUCGCUCAGAAGCAAAGCAGGCCAUUCUUUCUGCGUUACCCACAAAGGACUCCAGCAUAUCUUUAAUAAAUGAAUGUUUUGAAAAUUUUGAAAACCCUUUCACCAAUCUGAACACAGAAUGGAAACGAAAUAAAUACUUCAAUCUAAAAUGGGGAGUUGUAGAACCUAGAGAAAUAACACUUGGAGUGUGGUAUGACAUCAGGCGAAAUCAGAAGUCUGGUACUUAUGAUCAAGUACCUGUGAAGGAUACUUUUAUAUAUGUACCUAUUUUGGAGUCUUUGAAGUUCAUGUUUAGAAAUCCAGAGAUUUGUGUUUUCCUGCAGAGAGAGUGUAGCUCAGAGCCUGAUGCUUAUCAUGACUUUUGUGAUGGAAGUUACUUUAAAACUCACCCUUUGUUUUCAGCCAAAAGGCAUGCAUUACAAAUUCAGCUAUACUAUGAUGAUUUUGAAACAGCCAAUCCUCUUGGCUCUAAACGUGGAAUUCACAAAAUUGGCUGUAUUUAUUUUGUUAUAAGAAACUUGCCCCCAAAAUUUAAUUCCAUUUUGAUGAACAUUCAUUUAGUGUCACUUUUCCACACACCAGAUCUGCAAAAGUAUGGUUUUGAUGUUAUACUGGAACCACUGAUAAAUGAUGUCAAAAAACUGGAAAGCCAAGGGCUAAGUCUUCCAUUUUCUGAUGAGCAGGUAUAUGGCACAAUAUCACAGAUCACUGGAGAUAACCUAGGGAUGCACUCAAUUCUUGGUUUUAAUGAGUCGUUCAGUAGCCAUCAUUUCUGUCGCCUUUGUUUGAUUGAGAAGAAUGAUUGUCAAAUGGUGUACAGUGAGGAUGAUCCUAAAAUUAUUCUUCGUGGGAAAGAUUUGUUUGACAUACAUUGCCAGUCUCUUCGGGAAAAUCCUAAAUUGAAGUCACUGUAUGGGUUGAAGAGAAAUUCUGCACUCAAUUCAUUGCAGUAUUACCAUAUUUGCAAUAACUACUCAUUUGAUAUAAUGCAUGACCUUCUUGAAGGUGUGGCUCAGUAUGAGGUCAAAUUGCUUUUUGAGUAUCUUACGCAACACUUCAUAUCAGAACAGAACUUGCUUUCUAGGAUUUAUGGUUUUGACUAUGGAUUUUUAGAAAGAAAAAACCGGCCCACUAAAAUCAUAUUGGACAGUGCUGGCAAUAGCAUUGGUUUGAACUCUAUCCAGACAUUCUGUCUUGUGAAAAACAUCCCACUUUUGUUUGGUGACAUUAUUCCUGCAGGGAACAGACACUGGAAUUUGUUAUUGUUGUUACUUCAAAUAAUGAACAUUGUUUUUUCACCUUGUCUCACUCUGGGAAUGACUAUAUAUUUGAAGAAUUUGAUUAUUGACCACCACAAACUAUUUAAGCACACGUAUCCACACAGAAACUUGAUUCCUAAGCAUCAUUUUAUGAUUCAUUACCCAUCCUCUAUUCGAAAAAUUGGCCCUUUACUGUAUAUGUGGAGUAUGAGGUUUGAAGCUAAGCACAAGUUGUUCAAAGAUUAUUUCAAAAAUUUCAAAAACCUCACCAAAUCGCUUGCUAAACGGCAUCAGAUGGCCAUUGCUUAUCACUGGGAAACCUUUUCUCUUAAACAGAAGGAGUUUGGGCCAAUUAAAUCAUUUUCUUUAAGAGAUGAAAGUGUGGUCAAUAGUGAAAUGCUAUUGUCAAAAGAUGUUUUCUCAACAAGUUGGGUUAAAAUUGAUGGUGUAGAGUACAAAGCUGGACUCGUUGUUUGCAGUACAAUGGAGGAAGACAUGCCAGUCUUUUGUCAAAUAAUUGAUACACUUAUGGUUGAAAAUGACAUUUUUUUGUUGACACACAAACUCUUUACUGAAAACUUUGAUGAACAUCACCAUGCAUUCAAAGUAGUACAAACUGAAGAACGGUGUGUCAUAAAAAUAACUGAACUCAAAUGUCACAGACCAUUUGAUAUUCAAAACUCAUACAGUGCU